GCAGCUUGUCGCAUGCUCCUGCUAUAUAUAUUUGUCUUAUCCCAUCCCUGUAACCCCAGCAAGCCGAAGUUGCCAGCUUCAAACGGCAGGCAUCGAAAGCAAUGGUGAUCAAAAAAGUGGCACCAUACGGCGAGUGGGAUAGCGAGCUCAUCGCCGAAGCUGUGACCGAGGGCAGCCGCAGCCUGACGUCGCCCAGGGUCGACCUCAAGUCUGGACGGGCCUUCUUCCUCGAGUCUCGCCCCGACGGCACAAAUGGCAUCGUGGAAGUCACGGCCGAUGGGCCAAAGCACGUCCUCCCGGAUUCGUCGAGCGCCACCACCAGCGUAUACGAGUACGGCGGGUUGCCUUACGGGCUCGUUCCGGGAAGGAAGCUGCGCAUCAUCUUCUCCGACGCCAGGGACCAGUCAGUGGGUCUCCUCGACGUCGACUCAGGCCAUGUCCAGACCCUGUUCCGCUCGCCCACUUUACGGUAUGCCGAUUUCGAUCCCAGCCCGCUGAUCGAGGACGGGAAGGCGCAUUCGGCCUGGGUGCUGGCGGUCGAAGAGGACCACGAGAAGCCGAGCCCAGCCGAGGUACGUAACUACGUCGUAGCGAUUAAUGUGGUCAGCGGGGAGGUGAGGCGGGUGGUCUACGGAGCGGACUUCUACUCGUACCCACGCUUCAGCCCGGAUGGCAGGAAGAUCGUCUGGAAGGAAUGGGACCACCCGACCUUGCCGUUUUGGGGAGCGAGGCUGCUCUGGGCUGACUGGAAGGGUGACGGCGUGGUGGAAAAUGCUGAAGUUGUGGCUGGUGAUAUGAGUGAGUGUCCAUCAGAGCCACGCUGGAGCCCCCUUGGGACGCUGUAUUUCGCACAGGAGAAGUCCAACUUUCGCCAGCUAUUUCGGAAGAAGCCUGGUGACAAGGAGCCGACUCAGGUUGUGUUGGAAGGUUUCGAAGACGCUGAGAUUGGAGAUGCAUCGUUCUUCAUCGGAUGUCAAACUUACGUCUUUCUCACCGAGACAUCCGUCAUCGCGACGCCCACUUGGUUCGGGGCCUACGACCUGGUCUACAUCAACCUCGCAAUUUCCACUUGGACCAAGCUCAAGUCCCCAUUCACCGACCUCCGCCUAGACUGUCUCGCAUCUCUGUCCCAAUACUCAGUCCUCGCCAUUGGAAGCGGCGCCACCACGCCGCAGGCCGUCUACCGCAUCAUCAUCGCCCCAGACCACACCACCUACCCGACCCUGAUCCGGUCCUCGGUCGACAAGCCCCACCCCGAAUCCAUUUUCUCCACGCCGACACACAUCCGCUUCGCGGCCCGGCGCGGCCCGCCCCGCGAGGUACACGCCUUCUACUGGCCGCCGCACAACGGGCGCUUCGUCGCCCCCGAGGGCACCCUGCCGCCGCUCCUGGUGAGCCCGCACGGCGGACCGACGGCGCACUCGACGCCAGGACUACGCCCGGCCGAGCAGUAUUUCGUCACGCGCGGGUACGCGCACCUGGCGGUCAACUACGCCGGGUCGUCGGGUCACGGGCGGCGGUACCGCGAGUCGCUGUUCGGGCGGUGGGGGAUCAUCGACCGCGACGACGUCGCCGAGGCGGUCGCGCGGGUGGUCAAGGGCGGUCUCGCGGACGCCUCGAGGGUCGGCAUCGUGGGGGGGAGCGCGGGCGGGUACAACGUGCUGCAGAGCCUGAGCUGGUACCCGGACGUGUUCGCGGGCGGGGUCUGCUACUGCGGGGUCGCCGACUUGGCGGCGCUGGAGGAAGAGACGCACAAGCUCGAGUCGAGGUACGUGGAGGUGUUAUUAAACACGACGGGGCUAGGCGAGAGUGAGAAGAAGAGGUUGUUCCAGGAGCGGAGCCCACUGUAUCAUGCGCAGCAAAUUAAGGCUCCCCUUCUUCUGAUUCAUGGUGAGGACGACACGGUCGUCCCGAUCGAGCAGAGCCUGGAGAUCCGGAGGCGGAUUGAGGAGGCCGGGGGCGAUGUCAAGCUGGUCACAUUCCGGGGGGAGGGUCACAUGUUCAAGAAGGCGGAGAGCUGGCUGGUGGCCCUCGAGGAAGCUGAGAAAUGGUGGAAGAAGACUCUGCUGAGGUGAUUUAUGUUUGAGAAAGCAUGCAAUAGUAACAAGCAACAACGGCAAUGGAAAUCAACAGUGACAGCAGUAGUAAUCAACAGUGAUAGCAAUAACAAUAGAC